AUGACUGAAGAAGCGCUUUUCCGUCAGCCAGCCACCCCGGCUGGUGUGGAGCUUAGAGAUGCCAGCGGAGGGCAGACUGCCGAAAAAUCUCCUAUGGUGGCGCUAGCAGGCAGCGGUGCUGAUACUCUCGGUAGUUACCAUUCGCCGCCUGGAAGUUAUGAGCAGCCCGUGCAUUUGAUGGUGUCUUCGGGCAGUGAUGAAACUAGACAAUCAUUUGCAACGCCAGAGCGGGAAUGUGUCAUUAAUCGGGAAAUUACGCUAUCGGAGCAGAAGAAAAAGGCAAUUGAUAUGCGUUUGCAGUCUCAAGUACCCAACGCGCAUUGGGAAGGCUUCGUCAGCGCUGCAGAUAUGGCGAAAUACGCGAAGGAACGAGUCGAUGACUACUCGUUUCUCAUCAACGAAGCGUACUGCGUUUCAGAAACUUUUUGCGAAAACUGCUACAGAAUGCGUGUUGAACUGGAGCUUUUUGCGGAAAAAUUUACUGCACUGGCGAACUCGGGAAAUACUGCAAAUGCAGGCGACAGUCUUUUUAUGAGUGAACUAGAAAGUCUGUAUCGCAACAAAGAAGUCGAAUUUUCAAGGCUCAGUAUGGAACAUGAUGUCGCCGUUAAUCGUCUAUCCGCCGAAGAGGUUGUUUUUUCCACCGAAGAGGAAAAAGCUCGACAGUCGCAGCUCAUGUAUGAGCACGAAAUAAAGGAGCUGAAAAAUCAGAAUAAGCGGCUUGCAGAAGAGAUUGCCGAUUUGAGAACGCAGCUUUCUAUUUUAUCGGAGAGAGAUAAGCAGGCAGCAGAAAUCAUAAACUGGUGGAUGCAUGAAGCGAGAAAUCAGCAAGUUUGUGACAGGUCGCCAGAUGACCGUUCAGAACAGAAUCGACACAUUGCUGAAGGGUUUUCUCGGCUGGAGAAUGAAAUUAAACAUGUGUUAGAAGCAGUUCAAUCGGCCCAACGCUCUCGUGUGGUGGAGCAGAAGUUUGCGCAUGUGUUAAAAAGCUUUUUGAAAGAAGCAAGGGAGGGUAUUUCGUCGAAGAAUUGGGAAGAAGGAGAUGUAAAUUGCGCCAUUACCAACUUCGAAGCGAUUUUUGACGCAGUGUUUGAUGAUGAGCAUAAUGUCGAUGUGCUUAUUGGGCGGAUAAGUGAACAGAGAAAAGCGAGGGAAUUGGAGCUGACACAGGUACUUUUUAUGCGUUUUGCGCUGUGUAACAGCAGCGCAAAACGCAUAUUGUCACGGAGUUGUCUGUGUGUGUGUGUGUGUGUGUGUGUGUGUGUGCCCGCAACUUUCAACUUGGGAACCGCAAAAUCCAGGGAGCAGAGGAAUGUUUCCCACCCAUGUGUUUCCCCGCAAAUUUAA